CGGCGGCUGACGGUGGGGGAGGAGCCGGGUCCACUGCCGGGUGGAGGGGCAAGGCGAGUGUCCUUAUCCUAACAAUUGGUGCUCAGGCCUGUGAGCUAGUUGGAGUCGCGGUGGCGGGAACGACUGGGCCAAGCGGAGGAAGACAUGUUGCUUUUCGUGGAGCAGGUAACAUCUAAAGUAACUGGUUUAAAUCCUAAUGCCAAAGUAUGGCAAGAAAUUCCUCCUGGAAGUACUGAUGCCACCCCAGUAACUCACAAAAGUGACAGCUCUUGGCAUGAAACAGCAGCCACAUCAGGAUCUCUUCCUGAGGGUAAUACAGAGCCAUCAGAAGAUAUGUGUAAGGAGUAUGAAGUAAUGUAUUCUUCAUCCUGUGAAACCACAAGAAAUAAUACAGGCAUUGAAGAAUCAACUGAUGGAAUGAUUUUAGGACCAGAAGAUCUGAGUUACCAAAUAUAUGAUGUUUCUGGAGAAAGCAAUUCAGCAAUUUCUACAGAAGACCUAAAAGAGUGUCUGAAGAAACAGUUGGAAUUUUGUUUCUCACGAGAAAAUUUGUCAAAGGAUCUUUACUUGAUAUCUCAAAUGGAUAGUGAUCAGUUCGUCCCAAUUUGGACAGUUGCCAACAUGGAAGAAAUAAAAAAGCUGACCACAGACCCUGAUCUAAUUCUUGAAGUGUUGCGAUCCUCUCCCAUGGUACAAGUUGAUGAGAAGGGUGAGAAAGUGAGACCAAGUCAUAAGCGUUGUAUUGUGAUUCUUAGAGAGAUUCCUGAAACAACACAAAUAAAGGAAGUGAAAGCUUUGUUCAAAAAUGAAAACUGCCCCAAAGUGAUAAGCUGUGAGUUUGCACACAAUAGCAACUGGUAUAUCACUUUCCAGUCGGACACAGAUGCACAGCAGGCUUUUAAAUAUUUAAGAGAAGAAGUUAAAACAUUUCAGGGCAAGCCAAUCAUGGCAAGGAUAAAAGCCAUCAAUACAUUUUUUGCUAAGAAUGGUUAUCGAUUAAUGGAUUCUAGUAUGUAUAGUCAGCCCAUUCAUACACAAGCACAGUAUGCCUCGCCAGUCUUUAUGCAGCCUGUAUAUAAUCCUCAUCAACAGUACUCGGUCUAUAGUAUUGUGCCUCAGUCUUGGUCUCCAAAUCCUGCACCUUACUUUGAAACACCACUGGCUCCCUUUCCCAAUGGUAGUUUUAUGAAUGGCUUUAAUUCACCAGGAUCUUAUAAAACAAAUGCUGCUGCUAUGAAUCUGGGUCGACCAUUCCAAAAAAAUCGUGUGAAGCCUCAUUUUAGGUCAUCCAGUGGUUCAGAACACUCAACAGAGGGCUCUGUGUCGUUGGGGGAUGGACAGUUGAACAGAUCCAGUUCAAGGAACUUUCCAACUGAACGGCAUAACCCUACAGUAGCAGGGCAUCAGGAGCAAACUUACCUUACAAAGGAGACUCCCACUUUGCAGAUGGAACAGAAUGGGAACUAUGGUAGGGGCAGGAGAACUCUCUUCAGAGGUCGAAGACGACGAGAAGAUGAUAGGAUCCCAAGACCCCAUCCUUCAACAGCUGAAGCAAAGGCUCCAACACCAAAGUUUGACUUACUAGCCACAAAUUUUCCUCCUUUACCUGGAAGUUCAUCAAGAAUGCCAGGUGAACUUGUUUUGGAGAAUAGGAUGUCUGAUGUUGUUAAAGGUGUCUACAAAGAAAAGGAUAGUGAAGAGCUGAGAGUUAGUUGCCCAGUGCCUGCAGAAGAUGAGCAGACAGACUGCACUUCUGCCCAGCAGCUCAGUAUGAGUACCAGUCCUCCAUGUGCAGCUGAGCUUCCUACAUUAAGCACAACUCAGCAAGAAAAGGAUUUAAUAGAGGAUUCUACUGUUCAGAAGGAUGUUCUCAACGAGAUAACUAUACCAGUUUCUUCCCUAACUACUGCGAAGCCAUCAAGGGCAAAUACUGCUUCACCAUGUAAUAGUAACAUAAAUGCAGCUGUAGCUGUGUCCCUACAGGAACCCCGAAAGUUAAGUUAUGCUGAGGUGUGCCAGAAGCCCCCUAAAGAGCCAUCUUCAGUUCUUGUGCAGCCACUACGGGAACUUCGCUCCAAUGUAGUGUCUCCCACCAAAAAUGAAGAGAAUGGAGCUCCUGAGAAGUCUGUUGAGAAACCACAUGAGAAGCCAGAAGCAAGGGCUAGUAAGGAUUAUUCUGGCUUCCGAGGCAAUACCAUUCCCAGGGGAGCAGCUGGAAAAAUCAGGGAACAGAGACGCCAGUUUAGCCAUAGGGCUAUACCUCAGGGAGUGACUCGACGUAAUGGCAAAGAGCAAUAUGUGCCACCCAGAUCACCAAAGUAAAAAGAAAAAAACAAAACAAAAACUAUUCAUACACUUCUCUCUCUUCCCAUUAAACUUGAGCCGUGGCUAUACUGAACUGUUUUGGAGGGGAGGGGUUAACCAGGAAGGAAGCAGGAAAAAGUAUGUCCUUAAGUGGUUAUGGAUUUUGGAGUUGUGAACAGUAGGAUCCCAAAAUUCAUCUCUAAUGUGAUUUUUAAGUGCUGGAGGAUUCCAAUCAGUAUAUAUAUAUAUUAUACACAUAUAUAAAAAGUAUAAUUUUUCUAUUUUUGUUUUUGAUUUUAAUUUGCAGAGAUUUUCUGCCUGGAAUCAAUUUUGAGGGUUCAGAUUUAGCUUGGGGGGGAAAAAAACCUUAUACAUCCUUCAGUAUAGGAGAUGAGGGAGUGAGAGAAAAUAUUUUUUGAACAAGCAUUUCUGUAAAAUUAGAAAUUACUUUUUUUAAUCUAUUUAAAGUUUGGCUUGGAGAAUGCCAUCUCUGACUAUAUGGCCUUUUGUUGCAAAGCAGAUUGGUGGCUGGGGUGCCUGUUGUGGGUGUGAGUGCGUAGAAGAGCGAUUGAAGCCAAAUCUAUUGUUGUGUUAGUAAAUGAUUUGAAAACUGAAUGUAAUACUUGAGUAGUUUUUUUUCUCUAGUUUGAAAUUUAGUCUGUCUUUUUGAUCUUACUAAUAUUUCAUUCAAGAAGUUAUUAAGCUCUGAUUGUACUUGGAGAUGUGACUACCAAUCAGUUUGAUACUCAAGGAAAGAAUAGAGAUUAUUUAAGAAAUUGAAAAAAAUUUCAUCUUAGACCUGAGUAGAUAGGUCAAAUGGACUUGAGAGGUUUAAACUACCCUGUGAUUUUUCCCCCCUAACAUGGGAAACAAAAGUUAUUUUUGUUAAUCUAUGUUACUCUGUUCUUUGCCCACCCCCAAAAGCAAAAUAACCACCUACUGAAUUGUAUGUUUGUAACUGCUUUGACCAGUGUAGUUAAAUCAUACAAGUGUUCUAAAUUUCACAUUUGAACAUUGAAGUAUUUACUCUUCUGUUCAUAUAUUUAGAAUUUUGGGUACCAGAGUGGUAGGGCAAACUGACUCUACAAUAAUUUAUUUGUGUUAGUGUUAAAGAUGAAACAUUGUAACUGACUCUUAAAGUGUUAUAGUGUAAAAGUAAAAAGAAACUUUUUAAAAAAGCUUAAUUUGUGGGGAACUUUUUUUCUGUUUACAAUGUAUUUAUCACCUUCCUUCCCCUCCCAUUCUUAAAAAAAAUACAAUGUGGAUUUCACUGAAACAGAACCAGCAAGUCAGGAGAUUUUUAAGUUACGAUGAGGAAAGUGGUUGAAGAAAAUUAAUGCAAAAUUUCUCAGUGAAUAAAGUUGUAGCUCUCACAUAUUAAAUAGGCAAGUUACAUGCUGGUAUUUGGGAAAUAGCUAAAAUAUUAAAAACCAUGUUGCAUUAAUCUGUUUUAAGUCAUACCAUGUUCAGAGUUCUAUGUAAGGUAGGUUUUAUUUUGCUUUUUAUGGAUAGUUUAUAGUAAGAAGAACUGUCCCUUAUGUUAGUGAAUUACAUAUGUACAAAUUGAAACUGUAAAUUGUGAACACUGGAAAGCACCAUUGUGACAUAGAGUAAACAUCUUAGUAAUAUAUUAAAAUGAAUGUAAAUGGAGGUUAAAA